AGAGGCCUGAGGAUUGGCUAAGACCGCAUGUAGGCGGGACUUCGGGGGCAAUUCGGCCGCGCCUAUUGGUCGCAGUUCCCGGGAGGGGCAGGUUUCAUGACGCGGCUGUCUUUCCUCCUGUAGGCGACGCCAUUUUGUUGUCGGCGGAGAAGCGGAGCGUGUAGAGAAAGAUCGAGAAGCCGCAGUUCUGAGGUUGUGUAUUAAGGUACAGAACAAUGGGGAAUGUUUUUGCGAACCUGUUCAAAGGCUUGUUUGGGAAGAAGGAGAUGAGGAUCCUGAUGGUGGGGCUAGAUGCAGCAGGCAAGACCACCAUCCUGUACAAACUCAAACUGGGCGAGAUUGUGACCACCAUCCCAACAAUUGGUUUUAAUGUAGAAACAGUAGAAUACAAAAACAUCAGCUUCACAGUGUGGGACGUAGGUGGUCAAGAUAAAAUCCGACCUUUGUGGCGUCACUACUUCCAGAACACACAAGGGCUGAUCUUUGUGGUGGACAGCAAUGACAGGGAGCGAGUGAAUGAGGCGCGGGAGGAACUCACAAGGAUGUUGGCGGAAGACGAGCUGCGGGAUGCCGUGUUACUCGUUUUUGCAAACAAGCAGGACUUACCGAAUGCCAUGAACGCUGCAGAGAUCACAGACAAGCUGGGGCUCCACUCCCUUCGCCAGCGGAACUGGUAUAUCCAGGCGACCUGCGCAACCAGUGGAGACGGGCUCUACGAAGGGCUGGACUGGCUAUCCAACCAGCUCAAGAACCAGAAAUGAUCCAUUCCAUAGUCAGUGUGAAGGGGGGCAGCACUGGCCCCAGCCUCAUCUCCCCCCUCCCCCCAAACAUCACGCCCCCUUGUCAACUUCCCCUCCCUCUCCCUCUGGGGCCCUGGCUAGUGCAGCCCUACACCAGAGUGUGUGUGUGAGUGUGUCUGCGUGUCUGUGAGCUGCGAGUGGGAGCAGCCCUCGUGUGCCUUACACACCUCCCGCGGAAAUAGCAAUUUGGCUCUCUGAGCAGCCUGGCACAUUACAUGUUGACUCGGACUCACCGCAGUGUGGUUUUCAGAAGGCAAAGAAAGAGCAAGGAUGCAUAGUGUCAUCUUGAAACCUGAUUUAGACCACCAGUGUUAGAAUGUUCAAAUAACAUGCGUUUGUUCAAAUGUUGGUUUGAGACCCCCUUUAAAAGUCACAUUGUAACCUGUAUCAGGUUGAAAAAUAAAGUAAAAAAAGUGUAUUUCAUCCUAGAUCCUUCUUUGCAUCAUUUGAAAAUCAUGCUUUUUUUUUUGCUUAACUAAGAAAUCUUACAUUUCUGGUUCUAGUAUGAACACUACCUGUUUUUUUCCCUUUUUGUUUUAAAGACCAUGAAGCACAAUUCAGCAGCGGAGUAAAACUUUCCAUUUAGUUGUUCAGCUUGCUUAAAAUUAAAAUGUCCAUUUUGACACUUGAUAUUUCACACAGCUAUUUGCUUAUUUCCUUUGACCUUUUGGAAGCUUGAAGCCCACUUGUCUAUCUGCCCAUGAUGCAUGAGGAAAGGGCCGGUGUUAAGAGAAUAGUGAAAAAUAAGGUUGACUUCCUUUGUUUCGAACAUGAUGAAUGGAUAAUGUACAGAAACACCUGCACAGGAGCGAAGAUGGUUUAUUCUACUGUACUGUAAGGGUAACCUGUGAGAAUAAUCAAAGCUACUGGGCACUCCAAAUUUAAAGGUUUUAAUUUGUAUUACCCCUGUGUCUUGGUAGAGUGAGUGUGAUACAUUAAUAGCUUAAUUUCAUGUAUUACAACACAUUUGCAUUGCUAUAAUAAUUUCACACUGCAACAGAAAUGCUUUUGUUUAGUUGCACUAACAACUUUUUCACACUAAUAUAUAAUCUAAAACAAAUGUUUGGUUGUCAGAGGUGUUAAUCAUUGUGGGAAAUGGAAAUGUGCUUUAAUGCAUAGCAAUGCAAUUAUUGUAACUGCAAACUAUAACCGGCUCAUGCAUGAUUUUAAUACCAUGGUUCACAUCACUUACAAAACACAGCCUAGAGGCUCCAGGAUGGUUCAUUGGGCAAAGGUUGGGUUUUGUAUUCUUCCAUGAUGUGUUUUUACCCAUGCUACAUUUGUUGAGCAUGGAAAGUACCGAUUGUCUUGAAUGCUGCUGGGUAUGGGGUGGGUAGUGUUGGCUUAGGACAUAUUGUAACAUUCACACUAUUUGGCUUGGUGUCUGCAUGCUAUACAGGACAGGGUUGUUUAUAACCUCCACUUCCUAACCAAAGCCUUGCUUUUUUUUUUGCAGUCCAGGCAUGUAGUGCAAAAACUUGUUGGCGUGACAAAGCAUCCAUCUUCGAAAGCUUGUGUGUGGUCUCCAUCUCUGCCAGGAUGGUGUGGGAAUUCCAGCAUUUGCUGGGGUAAAUGAUUGGCUCUUCCAAAUUUGGGGCUCUGAUAGUGGGAAAACAAUGGUUUCUAAAUCAAGUUAAUAAUUUAAAGUGUGGAUAUCCUAACCUCUUGGAUUGCAUUAUAGCAGUAUACUUACAUUAAUAUCUGUAAACUGCCCUCUUUUCUUGACGCCUUGCAUCUUAGUGUCCUGGACACAUCUGGUUACAAGUCCUCUCUGCAUGAUUUCUCUGUACUUUGUGUUACUUGGUUAAAUGGGUUGUGGCACUUGGUGUAUGCUCUUGGGUAUGUAGAAUAAUUACAGAAGAAUAGUACUACUCAACAAAGUAGAAUGUAGUUAACUGUACAAUUUGAGGUAGAAGGGACCUCAUAAGACAUUUUUUUUUUAAUAAGAACCAACUCACCACAUAACUUUUUAAAUAAAUAAUUGAAUAAUUUAUUGAUCAUUAGUUGUGGAAAAUGCAAUAAUUGUCAUGCUUGUUGCUGUAGGUGUAUGUUUAAGCACAGCAAAGUCCGGGGACAGUGAGGCCUUUACAGAGAGCUGCUCCCAUUCUGUUUACUGUUUUUGUUUGUUUUUUUUAUUUUUAUUUUGUACAGAGUACCUGACUCAGAGGCAUCUUCUGCUGAGGAUAGGUCUACAGUUGCAUUGAGAUGCAGAACCUUAUGUCAUGAUACAGUGGGGGUCGGGUUGCGGUUGGUUAGGCAGUUAUGGGGAAAGUGGGACUGACGCUAUGAUCUUAUUGCAGUGCUUGUGUGUCUUGCAGAAGGGCACUAUUGUGGUAGAGGGCUGGGCUAAAGAAAAAGGUUUGCUACUCUCCUUUCACAUUUUCAUUGUUCCAGUGAUCCUAUUUUUAUCAAAGAAUGGCCCUGUUUUUUAAGGUCUGGUGGCCAUUGUUACGUAGUCUUGAUUAUUAUCAAUUCGGUAUUUGACUCACACCAUUGUUGUGGCACUGAAAGAAUCCUCAGUUUGCUGCAUCAUUAGGUUCUGUAGCCCCAUGUGUUACACAAGAUAUCUUUUAAACUUUUUGAGUUGAGCUACUUCAACUUAUUGAUUGUUGAAAUGCUGAAAGCCACGUCACAGAUAAAGCUCUAAUAACUUAGUUUUAAAUUAUGCACGGAAAACCAAAAAAAAGUGACCUGUUACUGAGUAAUUUGUAUGGGGCAGUGAUUAUGAAACAUAAGGAGAUGUUAAUAUCUAGCACAGCCUUGAGCUGUGAAAUGAAACUAGGCUCACCUACAGGUUUACGAGUUGUUGUACAGAUUCUCAGGUGUGCAAGGAAACCAUGUCUCUCUCGAAGCAAGAAGAGUAUGCUAUAGUUGCCUCAUCUCCCUUCGAGCAGGUUGUCUGUUAAGUGAUCUGGGCAUUAGUAAAGUUAAACAAAUAGCUCAGUCAUUACUCUGAAUUCACAAAACCACACAUGUGGGAUCUUGUUCAAUGGUUUGAAUAUGAUACAAAUAAUCCUAAUAAAAAAUAGACCACCUGUUAAGCUCUUUGUUUUUUACAAAUCACUGUAUAGUCUUUAAAAAUUAGAAGGAAAAUGGGUGUCCUAUACAAGUGCAAAAAGGUCCUAUUAGAGCAUAUAAAGAAAUGGAAUCCAAUUCAUUUACUCCCCAUUCCUGUCCAGUGUGCUGAAAUAUGAGACUCAUAAAGUCCAUUUUCUGCUUACUAAAAGGCAUGUCUAAAGAACUUUUGUAUCUUCAACCUUGGAUGCUCUAAGAGGGACACUUAUUGGUGUAAACGGCUAGACAGUUGUAUUUCAUUGACAAAAAAACACCAAACCUGUAUAUAAA